CAGCUCCAGGGGAUCUUACACCUCUGACUUUUGGAGGCACUCUUAAUGCACACAGUACUACCCCAAUUUAAAUAAAGAAAAUAAAUCUUUAAGAAGCGAAUCACCAGAAAAGAAAUAAAAUGACAACUGAGGUAUUUUGCAUAAAUUCUGCCACUAACAGAAAAGGAUUCAGCAAAAUAGCAAAGACAAAGUUGACCUUUGAACCUAAAGCCUUUCAAACCAACAAUUUAUUACACAUUGGAGAAGACUGUAGGAACAAACAAAAACACGUGUCAAAAAUGGAACAGAAGAAAGCAUUUUUAAAACAAUUUUUUUAUAAAUAGAAAAAUUACUGCAGUUAUAAAUAAAUACUAUUUAAUGAUUUAUCAUUAUUAAAUGACAAAUUUUCAGUAAGGGCAUAUACAGAAGGCUAGAGUUUACAUAUUUAGGUUGCUAUGAAUCUCUUGGUCGGCAUGGCAGGAUGCACUUUGGAUAUUCAGGACUAAAAAUAGAAUUCAAAAUAAACAGUUAGAAUAAAGCACAGGUGAAUAUCGACUGGAUUUCCUGAUAGGAAAAACUCGACAUCCAAGAAGUUUACUAGAAUGGUCUGAAUGGAAACGGUGUUUUGUUUGAAAUCCUCUAAGCAAAAUGAAAUGAUAAGAAACUUGCAGGGGUGGUGUCACUACAAUGGGGAGCAGAAGAUUCCUUACUAAUUGUAAAAUAAGCUCCUAUUAAAUUGUAUAUAAUCCAGUGUAUUUGAAACAUGAAAGUCUGAAAUAUAGCAGUGACCUAAAAGUAACUCACACAAAUGAGUGAUGAAAUGUUUAAUCUUAAUGAGCACCUUAAAAACCCAAAUGUAAAGAAAGCGUACACCUGAUUUAUCUUGAUAGGAGAGUUAGAACUAGGCUAAGACCCAGGAUGAAACGCAGUGAAGGGGCCAGACUCUUACACUAUUAGGACUUGGAAGAGGGUAACUUGGUAACACGGAUGGGGAUAUUGAAUGUGUCCACAUUUCUGACCCAAUAACUCAUCAGGAAUUUACCUUAAGCAAUAAUAAGACAUGAACUCAGAACAUAAAAAAAUGUGCCUACAAAAUUUUGGAACUAGAUUUGCAGUUAGUUUACUGGCUUAAAAAUAAAGGAAUUUAUUUGAUUAAUUAUCCUUCAGACAUUACUUUUAUUUUUUUCAGGCAUUACUUUUUCAAGAAAUGUGGCCAUUGAAAAUGGUCAACAUAUAAUGAAUGACAGAUGACAAUAUCAGUUUAUCCAAUUACAUCUCCUUCCCAAUUUUCUUUUGCCCAUACAUCAAAAUAGUGACUAUUCUGGGAAGGAAGAGUCCAUGGACUCACAUUCUUACACUUACAUGCAUUUUCAUGUUCUAUGUUACUUUUAAAUUCACGAUGUGUCAUUUGAAAAGCAAAGAUUGGGAGUGGAUGUCUCAGCUCUGCGCUGACGUUUCCUUCUAUGUGAGUGCACCAGAAGAGGGUGCUGCUGUGCCUUUCCAAGGGAGCAACAGCUCAACCGCCUGGUAAGUCUGGAAGAUUCUCCCAAGUCCCUAAGAUUUACUUCCCUUGGUGGUCACCUUGGUUUUUUUGUUGUUUUGUUUUGUUUUUUUGCUUUUUGUUUGUCUGUUUGUCUUGUUUUUUUGUUUUUUGUCUGUUUUUGUUUUGUUUUGUUUUCUGCUUCAGAAAUUUUCAUGCGUUUCCAGUGACCCCAUGGGCACUUCCUUUAGUCACAGCAUUAACAAACAUAAUUUGUUUUUUGAGAGGCUUUGCUCUGAUUCCAGCUGAGCAUCUUCUGGAAUUCAUGAAUACCCCUUCAUCAGAAAAGGAGUGAAGUGAAGCAUGAUCUUAGCCAUAGAAAGGUUGAAAACUGCCACAUGCACAGGUAAGGAAUUUGAAUUAGCCCCCCAGUUACCUGGCUGUACCUGCACCUUCAUGUGCUGGCAUUCUUUGCAUAAGGAAGCUUGCGGUGUGAACAUCUUAUGGUUGCUCUGUGUAAUUGAUCUAUCAUGUAACCUUUUCAGGAUGGUCCUUCCUGUCAUUCUGGAAGCCGAACCCAUCUCCUUGUAGACUGCUCAUGAUUCGAUACUCAGCCAGAAAAGACCCAAGUAGUAACAUAUUUCAUUUAAUUAUUAUGUUCUGCAAUUGUCAAGUCAAUUUUUAUCAGUAUCUAACUAUCCCAGGAUUCUGGUCCUCUCUUUUCUUCAACCAUUACAUCUCUCAUAUGUGCCUAACUAAACUUUAUUUUGACUCAGUAUUACAGAUUACAGAAUUAAUAUCCUCAGGUUAGAAAAAAGAAUAAGGGAAUGAGUGAGUGCCUCUAUAAAUAACACCUGUUAGAUGCCUGUUUGUGAGCUUAAAAACAACUCAGAUUAUGGGAAAACAUUUUUCCCCAUCAUCAUGGGGACAGUCAGACAGUUUAUGUAUAGUCAAGAGAAAACACAAGUUGGAUGUGGUAGUACAUUCCUCUAAUCCAAGAACUUGGAUGUGGAAGCAGCAGCAUUGCAAGGUUGCAAGGUCAAGCUCAGCAUGUGCUGUGAGAACUUAUCAAAAGAAGAAGAAGAAGAAGAAGAAGAAGAAGAAGAAGGAGGAGGAGGAGGAGGAGGAGGAGGAGGAGGAGGAGAUAAAAUGGGAGAGUAUAUGAUGCAGUGACCUUGGAUAUUUCUGAGCUGUCUUCCUUCUUCCCUUUAAUCACCUGAUGUCAGUUUCCAGAAUUUCUCUAUUGGAUAAGUAGGAGUUUAUGAGGAACUGGACCACACAGAUGUGAGCUGGCUUAUGACAUUUGAGCUACUGUGUAAGCUGAGCAUGCAGCUAGGUUUCCCUUUUCCUAAUCUACCCCAGUACCUAGCUCCAGAAUGUUUGCAUGUCUUCCCAGUGUUUAAUGUAGAAAGACAGAGAACACUCAUUUUAAACAAUGAAGCUUUUUAAGAAAGAGAAAAAAUACCACCCAUGGCCACAUUGCCUACACAGCAGUCAUGUUCUAUGUGCUGGGUUUGUAGUGAUACCUUCAUACUGCAUGAUUGUUAUCUGUGGAAGAUGUGCACUGUGACCAGCACUCUCUAGGCAGGGGAACUGCACUACUGAUAACAGGGAUGUUUUCAGAAGUCCUCAAGUCUGAAAAUACUGAGUUUAACCCCACACAGUCUCACUUCAACAACCCAUGUAACAACCCAUGUUUUCCACUCUCCCAGUGGAAUCUUCACAUUUUGGAGCUCAGAUGUGCAGAAUGCAAUACCUAGGUAGGUCACCUUGAAGACAUGCCAGAACUGUCUUCUGCAGUAGGAUGCUGCCACUGGGGUCUGAGUGAAGCAGAAGUCUGUCCUCUUCAGAAACUGCCUCCCCCUCUAGCCCAGGAAGAGGCUGUUCUGGGGAUAUUCUUUUCUGGAAUAAGGUCCCUUACUGAGACUUGGCUCUUGCAUACCUUCAUCUGAAAACCUAACUCUUCCCUGGGAGCGUGAAUCGAAGGUUAGGGAUGACUGCUCGGGGUGGGGGUGGGGGCUGGGGGGUGGGGGAAAGUGUGAAAUGGUAAUCACUUUCAUAUGACACUUGAGAAAUAUUAUAAUAAAGCUGAGUAAACUGGAGCAUGAGUUAGCCAGUCCUUUGCCUAAUGAUGUCACUCACUUUGUGCUUCCUCCAGCCUAUGAUUAAUAAAAGGGGGUUAUUACAGUAACUCACUCCUAGUGGGCAGCAGUGACGUCAGCAGCAGCUGAGCAAACUGACUACAUUUAGUUGUGCGUGUGUAUGUGGGCAUUUUUUUUUCCCUGUGACUAACAUGAAGCUAACGGCAUCUAAUAAAACAAAAGUGUCUUGAAAGUUAAGGAAGUUAUUGAGUGAACUCUUCUCUGCAGGGAGCGCCAUUUUAAUUGUCCUCCUUUCAUAGCUAAAUGAUGCUAGCAUUGGCUAAAAUGACAUUAUUGGUUUUCCAGUCGUUUCAUUAAAGUGAUCACAAAUGGUCUUUGAGAGAUGAGAUUUUUGCUUUUAAUAGAACAACUGUUCUUCCAUCCAUCAUUCUAGCCCACCUUUCAGGAGUGAGUAAAUGCUACAACAGGGGACUGUGACUAUAAGUUGUCCUUGGAAAGCUUUAGAUUACAGAGUUUAGUGACACCAGCUAACCUACACAAGAUUGUUGUAUAUUUUUACCCUUUGGUUCCCCAAACCAAUGUGAUGAAUGCUGACAGAAUCCUGCUUGCUGACCCACCUUUGAAAAUCUGACCUUCUAGAGGUUAGACUUUGGGCACCUGGAAAUCUUUAUUGACCAGGCUGGGCUGCUGCCAGAACAUGGACAGAAGAGGUCACAGUGCAGUGAAGAACAGCACCCAAGCUAGUGUGGCUUAGACGUGUCUGAGAGCUGAUCCCACAGGACACACAACCUUUGGACUUUAUCUGGACAUGCAGGAGGUAGCAGCUCUCUGACUUAAAACAACACACAGAGACACACAGACACACACAAAGACACACAUGUGUGUGUGUGUGUGUGUGAGAGAGAGAGAGAGAGAGAGAGAGAGAGAGAGAGAGAGACUGGACAGCUUCAAGCUUUUUGUUGGCUUUCGCUUUUUGGAUCUAUAAUUGGACAACAGGUUGUAGAGGUAUCUUUGUGGAUAAGCAAAACUGGAUUAGAAUCAAAGCCUCUGCUCUCUUAUCAAUUUAGUGGAAUCUACACACUAAAUCUCUGUGUCCUCAAGCCAGGAAUAUGGGACUUGUUAUCCUAGAGGUUCCAGCUGCCAAAAGGGGGGGAAAAAUCAAGAGCUGCGCUUUUAAACGAAGUUGCCCUUGCUGGUGUUCAGGGUAAAAAUAGAGGCGGCCGCUUGGACCAGCUUGGCCCCUGAGUCCAGGCGUCCCGCGAGCCGGGCUGGAGCUGCGCAUUCGGGAGUGAUCCCUGGAAACUGCCAGCAGGUGCUGCUCAAGGUACGGUGGCAAGCUGAAAAGGGACAGGGCCUGGGUGCAGGGAGUCUCCGCGGGAGGGGCAGGAAGUGAAAGAGAAACCAACCCCGCUCAGAGCUGCGCUGACCAGCGCACGCCCUGGGCCCUGGAAUUCAGCUGGGAAACGCUGAUCCUCAGCCCAGAAUAUUCCACAGAAGCAUUUUAACCUACCUGCUUCCUCCACCACCCCCACCUGGAUUUCCAUGGAGGAGAGGAGGCUUUCCCAAAGUGGUUCCAGCUCUGAGGUUGGGGGAGAUUCAGCUACGUCAUAGCUGCUAGACUGGCUUAGCAGGUUGGCACUUUCAGGGUGUCAAAGGCCAACAGGGUCUCAGAGUGACCCUGUGUGAGGCGGCCCCUGCAGUCAGGGUCUUGAACAUUCUUAUGACACACAUGCUUAAGAAACUACAGGGAUGCUCCGAAAUAACAUUCUUUUGUGACCACUGAGUUUUGAUCCUGAAAUUAUACAUCCCACUUUAUAGAUGGAAACACUGAGGCUUGAGUUUAAAUUAGGAGGGCGCCCCGGAGCUGGGGUCUGAUUCGGGCACUUUUCUGUGCCAAGCCAGUCUACAAUCUACAUUCGGGUGCAAGUGGGACUUUCCCUGAAGUUAUGUGUGAGGCAAGAAAUGAGUUUAGAUGCUCAGGGAUUCUUAUCAAACAGCAUGGAAGUGCCUCUCUUCCAAAGGUUUAUGUUCACCCCGGGGUUGGGGUUGGAAUGGAAAUGACUAUCACUGAUUAUCUUUCUGUCUUUGCCACCCAUAUUCCUGUCAUUUUCCCCUGCAACUUUAUUUCCUACUUCAGUUCUCUUAUGCGGAUCUUAGAAUACUCCUUCCCCUUGCCCCUCCCCUUCCCCCACAUAUAGCUAGCAUCCACACUUUGAAAGCCCUCAAGAGAGACCCUUUCACAGACAGCUCCUGGUGUCAUAAAGAAACCUUCCCCACUUCACAUCAGGAGACCAGAGCCUCUACAGUUUGCUUAUGGGCACAGUGAAAAGUUUAUUUUAUGCAUCUUAAAUCCGGCACACGAAACAACAUAUCUGGUCAUAUGGCUUUCAUUAGUCCCCAGUUUUGCACGUUUUAUCCAACUUGUCAUAAGAACCUGGUCAGUGCCUUAGCUGUACUUCGCCCCGAGAACAACAGCCCUUCUUCACUGUGCUUAUCGGGGCAUUCGUCUCUCUCUAUGUUAUCUCCCUGCCAGUGUGACCCAGGCAAAAGAAAACCCAAACCUAACUUUACUUCUAUUUUAAGGAGAGUUCACUUCUUUUCAUUAAACUCAUAUUUAUAGUGUUUACAAAUGAUUGGACUUGAAGUUCUAGCUUUUAAAGAAAAGAUGCAGGUGUGUGUGUGUGUGUGUGUGUGUGUGUGUGUGUGUGUUACUGUUGUUUUUGCUAGUUAGGAUGGGACUCAUCUAGGCAGGAUACUUAUGAAGUUCACUUGCAAAGGAAGACCAUUUCCCAAGUCCGAGGUGAUAAAUGAUGUAUGAAGCAGGCAUUCAAUUUCAAGGUGUAAAUUAAUAGUGUGAGUCAAAGCAGGGAGACCAUCACCACAUGGACAUACAGAUUUUCCUGAAAAAAAUAUUUUCCUAUAAUCAUAAUUAUAAUACUAGAAUUCCUAUAAAGAACACUAUGAAUUUUCUUUGCUGUGGAAAAAAUACGGUGCUUUGCAAAUAGAAGUAACUUUAUGAAGUAACAGAUGUCUUAUGUAUAGACAUAAGGCUGAACCUGAAUCUAAUAAGAGGUGUAUGUAUGAAUAGUAAAAUGUCAAAGCUGGACACUCUUGGAGAUGUGUGUAUGUGGUUCUCUUAUGUUUGUAAAGGGUGGACUAUUCCUAGCCACAGGCUUUACUGGCUCAGGACAUCACCCAGGUCCUGUCUCAGAAGCCAAGAGAGAUUUCCAUUAGAUAAUGAAUUAUGAAAUGUCUCACACUGGAAAAACGAGUCAUCUGCUGAUGUCAUGCUGAUUCUAACCAAUCCUAAACAAAGCCCCAGCCCUCCUCUUUGAGAGGUACCAAUGUGUGAGUGUACAACUAAGUACUACAGUAUAAAACUUCACAGUGCCAAUACCAUGAAGAGGAAUUCAGACAGCUCUGACCUCAUGAGACAAGAGCCGGCUGACAAAACAGAAGGGACCCGAAAGAGAAUUUGCUGAAGAGGAGAAGGAAAAAAAAAGUCCAAAAAAACCUGUGCGUGAGGGGUGGGGAGGAAAAGCAGGGCCUUUAAAGAAGGCAACCACACGACUUUUGCUGCCAGGAUGCCCUUGCUUUGGCUGAGAGGAUUUCUGUUGGCAAGUUGCUGGAUUAUAGUGAGGAGUUCCCCCACCCCAGGAUCCGAGGGGCACGGCUCAGCCCCGGACUGCCCGUCCUGUGCGCUGGCCACCCUUCCGAAGGAUGGACCUAACUCUCAGCCAGAGAUGGUAGAGGCUGUCAAGAAGCACAUCUUAAACAUGCUGCACUUGAAGAAGAGACCCGAUGUCACCCAGCCGGUGCCCAAGGCGGCGCUUCUCAACGCGAUCAGAAAGCUUCAUGUGGGUAAAGUGGGGGAGAACGGGUAUGUGGAGAUAGAGGACGACAUUGGCAGGAGGGCCGAAAUGAAUGAACUCAUGGAGCAGACCUCGGAGAUCAUCACCUUUGCCGAGUCAGGCACAGCCAGGAAGACACUGCACUUUGAGAUUUCCAAGGAAGGCAGUGACCUGUCAGUAGUGGAGCGUGCAGAAGUGUGGCUCUUCCUGAAAGUCCCCAAGGCUAACAGAACCAGGACCAAAGUCACCAUCCGUCUAUUUCAGCAGCAGAAGCACCCACAGGGCAGCUUGGACACGGGGGAUGAGGCCGAGGAAAUGGGCUUAAAGGGGGAGAGGAGUGAACUGUUGCUAUCAGAGAAAGUAGUUGAUGCUCGGAAGAGUACCUGGCACAUCUUUCCAGUGUCCAGCAGCAUCCAGCGCCUGCUGGACCAGGGAAAGAGUUCCCUGGACGUGCGGAUUGCUUGUGAGCAGUGCCAGGAGAGUGGUGCCAGUCUAGUGCUUCUGGGCAAGAAGAAGAAGAAAGAGGUGGAUGGAGAUGGGAAGAAGAAAGAUGGGAGUGACGGAGGGCUGGAAGAGGAAAAGGAACAGUCACAUAGACCUUUCCUCAUGCUGCAGGCUAGGCAGUCCGAAGACCACCCUCAUCGCAGGCGUAGGCGGGGCUUGGAGUGCGACGGCAAGGUCAACAUUUGCUGUAAGAAACAGUUCUUUGUCAGCUUCAAGGACAUUGGCUGGAAUGACUGGAUCAUUGCUCCCUCUGGCUAUCACGCCAAUUAUUGUGAGGGGGAGUGCCCAAGCCACAUAGCAGGCACCUCUGGGUCCUCGCUCUCCUUCCACUCAACAGUCAUUAACCACUACCGCAUGAGGGGUCACAGCCCCUUUGCCAACCUUAAGUCAUGCUGUGUGCCCACCAAGCUGAGACCCAUGUCCAUGCUGUAUUACGAUGAUGGUCAAAACAUCAUCAAAAAGGACAUUCAAAACAUGAUUGUGGAGGAGUGUGGCUGCUCCUAGAGUCGCCAGGUCCCAGAGAAAAUGGAUCUAGAGAGUCCAGAGAAGACAGUGGCAAAAUGAAGAAAAAAAUAUAAGAUUUAUGAACUAAACAAAACAACCAGAAAAAUAGAAAUAAUAAUAAUAAAAAACCCACAAAAAAAAAACAAAAACAAAAAUCAAAAACUAAACUGAAAACAAGACCUAAUGAAACAGAUGAAGGAAGAUGUGGAAAAAUAUCCUAAGGCAGGGCUCAGAGAUGAAGCAGUAAAGGAGACAGGGAUUGGGGGGGGGGAGGGGGGAGAAGAGAGAAUGGUGUACCUUCAUUUCUUCCAAAACCAAACUGAUUGCAUCAGUUUUAUCCAAACUGGGUAUUGUCCUCUCUCCUGCCUCUUGCGGUUCCCUUGCGAGCCUGGAAGUCUACUUGUCUAUUCUGCAGUAAUGUGGGUUAGCACAACCCAAAUAAUAAUGUCUAGAAAGCCAUGAGUUUUAAAGGGCCAGUCCCACCCACUUACCCAGGUUAUAAGUAUGUCUAUGUGACACUAUCUCUGUGUAUUUCAACACACACACACACACACACACACUCACACACACACACACACACACACACACACACACACACGCCCCCCCACACACACACACACUCACACACACACACACACACACACACACACACACACACACACUCACACACACACACACACACACACACGCCCACACACACAAACACAGAGGUGUUUCCACACACCACAUGCAUACACAUACUGGUAAAAGAACAAUUCUGUGCAGGUGGUCACAUUUUCUUUUCUGUACCACUUUUGCCACCAGACAAAACCAACAUAAAACAUUGAGAACAAGAGUGGAAAGAAUGAAAGACCAAGGGAAGAAGAAUACCAAGUUACAUUUCGUUAAGGUGCUUUUGAUCCUAGAACUAUGCAACCUAAUAGGUUUGAAACUGUUUACCUGAAAGAGGACAAAAAGAGAGACUUUUUUGUAUUGGAAGUAACCUGAUUAAUUUUUAUUUUCUUCAAGGAGAGAUACUUGAAAGGAAUAUGUUUGUCCAUCUGUUGGAUUCAAACAUUUCUAUAUUUUGUAAAUGUUGUUUUUUUUAUCGUUUACUAUUUGCACUACGAUGGUGUUUGACCUGUCUAAUCCUUAUUUAACAAGUAUUUUCUUUGGGUGGGGGUGGGGGUGGGGUUUAAGAGCUGCACUUCAUGUGAGCUAUAAAAGAACUGCUACAGCACACAAAAUAGCUAUUUUUAUUAUUAUAAUUAUAAUUAUUAUUAUUAUUUUGUACCUUAAAAAUAGACACAUACACCAAAGACAUUUGUGUGAGCCUUUAAACAGUCUGUCUGUGGUUGGUAUUGUUCACCAUCAAUGAGUCAGGGGUACAGAUUUAAGGUUGAGUUAGGUAGAUUGUGUUCAGGCUUAAAAGACCUGAGAGGUUUGGGUUUUGACUCUUUUACAUCCAUGAAACAGGACAUUUCAUACUGGAUGUACAGUAGUGUACACUGUUGGAUUAUCAAGUUCAAAUUCAUGAGACUACAUGCUUGUAUGUGUAUAUAUACAUUGCUUGUGCAUAUGCAUAUCUGUAUGUAUAUAUACAUGUAUUGUACCAUGUCCAUACACAUUUUAAGCACUUCAGGCUGUCAUUUUAAAAAUGUUCUUAAAACAAUGAAUGUUUGUGUGCAAAACACAGUAUUUUUAAGAAGGAUAAGUGAUAGAUUUUUUUUUUUCUUGCUUUUACUCUGUAGUACGUGGGUACAUUUCAAAUGUUAGGAUGGGGAAAGACUGAAAAUCCCAGUGAGUAUCCAGCCAGGCCCUCUUUAAAUGUACAGGAUGAAAUCCCCUCUUUCAUAUCCCCCCUGCUCCCUACAAGUUAUCCCCUGUGGGGAAAAAUGGGAUGUUACUUUAAAAACAAAAUGGGCUGAUUUUUUCAACUUAUAUUUAUUAUUUAUUGGAAUCAAUCUUAAAUCAGAAACAUUUUUGGAAAAAAUCUUUAGGCUAGAAUAAUUUUUUGAAUAGUGUUAUUACUACUUAAAUAAUAAAAUAAGCAGGAAAGUAUUUAAGACAGUGAGAGUUAAGGGAGAGAGCACUCAGGAGCCAGGGAGUUGUACAAAUCUCUAAUAUUCUAUUUUGCAGCCAAAAAACUUGCUGUGUAUGUUUGUACUUUUUCAGAGGCAAAACUGAAAAGAUUGUCUUACGAAUAUCAAAAUACACACUUAACCCAAGUUCCUAAUUUAACCCAGUGUUGGCUUGUCUAAAACAGCUAAUCAGUUAUUCAUUUACAUAUUUAAAAUAUAGAGCCUUAUUUUUACGGACUUGUUUGAAGUUUGAAAAACUUUAUAAAAGUGAAAAACUCUAAUUGAAAAAAAAUCUAUAUUCCUCAGUAUUUUGUAAAAUAUUGAAGCUUUUAGCAUUAAGUCAGUCCAUAGAUUAAAGUCAUUGUAGGAAAAUGAAAUACAAAGGAGAAAUUAAAUCUUAAAAAAGCUGGUUUAACUCUUAAAAAAAUAAACUAACUCAAUAUGUAUUAAAUAUACCGUCAAUAUACCUUAUCACAUUAGGCUGUGUGUAGGCAAACUACUUUAGUCUUGUUACUGGGCAAACAUAUUUACUGUGUUCCAGGGGCCCUCCCUGUCUUAUGCAGGAAAUGCAUGUACUGCAUAAGAAAUGAAUUAUAAUUAAGGUCUAAUGACCUUGAAGAUCUCGCAUGCGAGGACAGAUGGCAUGUUGAGGACACAGAGGUGAGGUGGAUGUCCAGGUUCAGCUUUGCCAAUUUUUGUGAAAAACCUUUAGCGCCCUCUGAACUGUUUCUUUAGUAUUGGAGCUAAUGCCGAGGCCUAGAGAAAUAGUGGGCAAGAGAUCUAACUGUGCCAUAUCAGAGAUGAUCUAGACCAUGGGAAGAGCAGGAUUUAUGUAACUACUAAUUAUAGUUCUCAUUCAUCUGAGAUGAAUCUGCAAUCUUCUUAAGCCCUUUAAAUUCUAGAUGUUUUGAGGGUAAGCUUGGGUUUAAUUAGUAGCCAUAGUAAUUAAAUCUAGAAAGAAAUGAAAUUCCACAGGACAGUGUAUUUACUGGAGACCAAGUGACUUGGUUGUCACAUAAACCUCAUCAGAACUCAUCAAAUUUGUAUGGCCUUGCAAUAGAAUUUAAAUUGCUAAUAUUUUAACAAUAUUAGAUAUUGUUAACAAUUUAGAAAACAUGAAGUCUUGUGAACUGGUCUUUCUACAUAAGUGCUUAAUCCAAAAUUUGAAAAGCCUUUAAUGCUUAAGAUCUUAGUUUCUUCAUGGUGUGCUUUCCCUAGUGUUAAAGUGGCUCUGUCUGGUCUCCCCACUUUCUCUAGGAUAAUUCUUAAAUACCUGCCCACACAAGUUCUAGAUGCUCUGAAGAGCAUUUGUAGUUAGUAUCUCUUUAAUACUUGUAAGCUUCAUUGACACUUUUCCUUCCCAAAAUAAGUCAAAUUUCAGCACAGCAAUGGGGAUUUUCUUAUCUUAGAAGACCAGCCAAUUCUAUGUUCAUUUAAGAUUGAUUCCACACUCCAUUUUCAAGGAGAGGCCUUGUGUUUUCUUAAAAGGCAGAAUAAGUAAAAUUGGGAGCUAUGCCAGACUGAACGCAAGACGUGACUUUGUGAUUCCAGAACAAACAUGCCUCAGUUAUAGUAACAUGCAUUCAAAUGAUUGUGUCACUUGAAAAAUAUGAUUUCCUGUGGGCCUUUUGGCAACUUCUCUUUUUAGUAUCGAGAAAAAUGUAAUCACCCCAAAACCCGCAUAAGUGUGACUUGUAGAUGUGGGCAGGAGGUUGGGGGAUGGACAUUGUAUGUGUUUAAAUUAAACCCUGUAUCACUGAGAAGCUAUUGGAGGGGUCAGAGAUAAUGAAUGCAUAGAUGCUGUUCACAUCUUCAAGAGCAAAAGCAAAUCACGUGUCUCAGCUAUAUUAUUAUUUAUUUUUAUGCAUAAAGUGAAUCAUUUCUUCUGUAUUAAUUUUCAGUGGGGUUUGCCCUCUAUUUAAAUGCUUUGAAAAACAGUGCAUUGACAAUGGUUGAUAUUUUUCUUUAAAAGAAAAAUAUAAUUAUGAAAGCCAAGAUAAUCUGAAAUCUGUUUUGAUCUAAAACUUUUUAUGUUAUGUGGUUGAUGUUGUUUGUUUGUUUUUUAUUUUUAUUUUGUGAGUUCCUUUGCAUACUACAUGCAAUUCUUUAACCAAUGUCUGGCUAAUGUAAUUAAAGUUGUUAAUUUAUAUGAGUGCAUUUCAACUAUGUCAAUGGUUUCUUAAUAUUUAUUUUGUAGAAGUGCUGGUAAUUUUUUAUUUACGAUAUGUUUAAAGAGAUAACGGUUGGAUAUGUUUUCAUGUGUUUAUAGCAGAAGUUAUUUAUUUCUAUUCCAUUCCAGCGGAUAUUCUGAUGUUUGCGAGGCAUGCAGUCAAUACUUUGUACAGUUAGUAGGCAGUAUUCAGCAAUGCCCGAUAGCUUCUUUGGCCUUAUGUUAAAUAAAAAGACCUGUUUGGGAUGUA